UGUUUGCAGAGUGAAUGGAAAUGAGAGAUGAGUGGAGAUUGGGGAUUCAUUUUAAACUCUCCAGAAACUGUGGUGUCCCAUGGGCUCUGGGGUAGUGCUGGUGCUGCUCGGAACUGAGGAGUUUGUGUGAAAGCUGCUGCUCUGAGGGUACAAACUGAGCUUCAUCCUGGGUCCCAUGGGACACAUUUGGUGCCUGGCAUUCCCCUGAGGGACUAAGAAUCAGUGUUGGAGCUGGAUUGGAGCCAGGGGAGGUGUUCCUGUCCCUCUCGAAGGGCUGUGGGGUUGGGAGAUGUUCAGUGGUGUCAGCAGUCCCUGGAGUCCCAGCAGGGCUGUUCUGCUCUGCCCGUGAGCAGUGCCCUCAUGGUGGCAUGGCAGCGAGAGCUGGAGCUGGCAGCAGUGCCAUUGCCUGUUCUGGUGGAUUCCUGUCAGGGAACUGCAGACACAACCACAGCAUGUGGAGCAAUUUCCCUUCAUGUCAGAGUUGUGCUUUGGGUACAGGAACAAACUCUGGGUCUGGGUGGAAAGGUUCAAAGGAAUAGUUGGAAUUUUGGUGUUGGUUCUUGCUUCUCUGAGGGGCUUAGGUUGGGAGGGGCCCCUGCUUUUGGAAAGCUUCUUGUUCCUUCUCAACCGGAUGAACACAAGUUCAAUCAGCCACCUUGUUUCUGACAGUAUCCACUGUGUUGGGAGCAUCUGUCCCAAAACAGAAGGUGCACCUUCCUGGGUUUGGACUGUUCAUGUCUGCUCAGGAUCCCUUGGGAGUUCCUUGGCCAGGGCCUCAGGUGCUGUGCAACCUGCUGGGACAGUGGGUGGGAGAAUCUUGGCUCUGCGGCAGAUCUGCAUCCUCUUCCACCCCGCUUGAGCCAAUCUGUGUGGAGCAAAAUUAUUUUUAGAGGGAACUUCUUGUGAAGGAACAAUAAUGAUUUCUUUGGCCUAAAAGCUUGCAGGGUAUUGCCUUCAGUGGCUGUGCAAAACCACAAAACCACCUAUGUAAAAAUUCACUCCCUGUGCUGUCCCUGGGGAGUGAGGAGGGGCUGCUCACUGGGCUUGUUCUGGGGACAUUUCUGCUGUGGGACUGGGCUUGUUCUGAGGAUGUUUCUGCUGUGGGACUGGGCUUGUUCUGAGGAUGUUUCUGCUGUGGGGCUGCUGCUCCUGCCACCAGAGGAGCGGGGCCACCCCAUGGAGCUGCCCUUGCAUUUUUCUGCAAGGGUCACUGCCUGUACCUCGAACAGGACUUGUGUAACCUCUGCCUGAGGCACAGCACAGCUGAGGGGGAGCCAGAGGAUGCUCUUGGCAUGCACAGGCCAGACUGCUGUGUUCAUGAGCUGCUGGAAUGUGGGAUGUGAGCUGGUGUGCUUGACUCCUGCCUGGUGCAGAUGGCUGUACAAGUGUGCCAGACCUGCAGCAUUAAAUUCCUUAUGCCCUAGAGCUGAGGGCUCUGGAUCUGCCUCCAGGUCUCCCACUGUGACUGGCUUUGAGUAGAAACACUUAAUUCUGCAAAUUGCCACAGGUGUCACUGACCUUUGGUGCUGUGGUACCUCCUUGCUGGAAGUGCUGUGUGGGGGUAGCUCUGUAUUGCUGUUUAAUUAGAUUACUUCUAGGAAUUGGAAUACAAGGAAAAUCUCCACAGUGCAAGAAUAAGGGAGUGAUAAGUCUUUUGACCCCUUUAAAAUUCCAAACCAGUAAUUCUGCACGCUGGUAACUGUGCUGAUCUUUAGCUGCCUGUUCCUGGAUGUUGAGUCCUGCCUGACUUUGGCUUGAUGAAAUCAGGAGAGUUUCCUGGUGAAAGAGUAGCUUCAAACUCCAGGAAUUUCUCUGUCUCCCUGAUCUUUUUUUUUCAGGCUGUGCUCCAGAAGUGAGAUCCUCUCCAUUGUGGUGACUGCUUUGCCUCUUGAAAUAGGGAGUAAAUCUUUCCUAGUUUUCCUCUUGGUUAUUUCAGUACUCUGCCACUUCAGGGCACUGUUUUCCCUGGAAGCUGAGGAAUUUCCAGGUUCCAGGGCUGUCACUGGGGUAAAGCUCUUUCAGGUUGCUGUCUGAAUACCUGCAGUGUGUGUUCUUGGGGUACUGAGUGAUGAGAGGUUUUUGUUAAGGUUCUCCCUCUUGAAAAAGAGCCUGAAUAUAGUUUGGAAUCUUUUAAUAUGUAUAUCUGACCCUGGAAUCAAAUGCUGCACACUAGUGUUGUGCAGGGGUAAGGAGAAUCCUCAUCUCCAAGCUCCAGCUUCUGUAAAGAUUUCUGUUGUAAAGCUCAUGGCUGUUUGCAGUGGGCAUUCCUUAAACCUGAUUACUCACUGAAAACCUGAGGAGGCUUCCCCAGGGAGUAACACCCAGAUCUGGGAGUCUGGAAGAGGAGGGGACAGACAGGACCUGCCUGGUCUCAGGAAAGGCAGAUGCCUCAGUUCAGUGAGAUCUGUCCUUCAUCCUCCUGCUGUCACCAGCUUGUGGAGUGACCCCUUUUCUGUAAUUGCAUCCAGGCCUUUUCCCAGGGCUGGUCUCUGAUCUCAGCCCUGCCAAAGCAUCCAGCAGCACUGGCAAACUGAAAUUCCCUGUGGUCCUGUAAGGCAAAGACACCUCUGCAGUGCUGCUUUGUAGUUACAGAUGCUUAUGGGACACUGGCCUUGUCUUGUUUUCUCUUCCCUGACCUUUACAGGGUUUUGGUUUGAUGGGAUAUUUCAGUGUCAGUGUAGCCCAAACCCUUUUUUAAUGUGACACUCACAGCUGGAGAGAUGUCUGAGUCACACAGCCAGACAUUAACUAAAGUAAAAUGCUGUUAUGAUGUUGUCUUCUUUGUUGUAAUGAUGCUGCUGUGGCUCCUUCUGGGACCAAGGAAAGUGGUAAAGAAAAACUGCUGUUACAGUGGAAAGGGUCUGGAAUUGCCAGGUCUCCCUGGUUCAGCAUUAGAGAAACAUUCCCCAAGCUCCUGCCUUGUCAGUGAGUCCCCAGACUCUCAGGGACCAUCCCUGUGUCCAGCUUUGUUGUGUUCAGGUCACUGUGGCCCUUCCCUGGCAGUGUCACUUGGCAGUUCUGACUGAAAGCAGCUCCUGCUGAAGCAUCACUUAGAUUCUGUCUCCCAGAGUUACUCAUUGCUCCUGUACUGGCCUUGGCAAGGGAGAAAACUGCUGCUGAGCAUUUGAUGCCCUUCUCAUGUGAAUGGGCAGACAGAACAUCAGAAAAAGUAUUUUUUCCCAGAACAGGGCAUUCUGCUUCUUAUGCAGUGUCCCCACAUUCAGAGCUGCAUGCUGCUAAGCAGAUGAGUUUAGAUCCUGUCCUCCCUCUCUUACUCUGUCCCAAAAAUGUCAUGGCUUGUGUGGGCACAGGCACUUGCUAAUGCACAUCAAAGUUAGAAAGAAAAUUCCACCCAAAUGUACUGUUCUUGUGCAGAGUGGGCCCUUGGUCUGCAUGGCCAUGCUCUCCAUGCUGAAUGCCUUUUUCCUGAGUCAUUGUGGACUGGGGGAUCCGGAGGGGUUUGCUUGAUGUGACAGCUGGUCUUGCUCUGGCUCAGCCUGGAUCUCAGAAUGUCACAGUGACUCCUGGCCAGUGUGGGACCAGCCUCAUGGGAGGGAGCUCCACCGGAGCCCUGUUGCUCCUGGAAUCCCAGAGUGGCACCAGAGGAAAAACACGGGCUGCAGGAAGGAGAGGGGGUUUUUGUAAAGUAACUGGUCAAAUGUUCGCAUAUCUAUGCUGUCUUUAUUUAGCAGUGUGAUGUACCCAGGUGAAGAGCUUCCCAAUAAAUACUGGUUUUGAUGCCUCAUGAACAGCUGCUGUGUCUUUACUUGUGAGCAGUGCUGGAGAAGGGGGUAACUUGUGUAUCCGUGGGUGUGAUGGAGAAGCAGUGCCUGAGGGCUGUGAUCCAUGUGUAAACAUGAACAAUUACCCUGGGCAGAAUUUUCUCUGAGUGAGGUUCUGUCACUGCAGGGUGUGUUGGUUGGUGCCUUGCUGACCCUGGGUACCAGCCAGCCUCCUCACCCUCCUCCUCCUUGCUGCAAUUCCUACUGUUUUAGUUUUCAUGUGAUUUUCUCCUAUCCUCUUGCUAACGAAUCCAAUGACACACUUCUAACCUGCCAGUAGUUCUGUGAAGGUAAGAGAUCUUCUGUUUUGUCUGUGUGAGUCCUAAGGCAAACCCAGCCUCCUGGUGGGCUCUUGGAGCUGGAGAAGGGCAGGACAGCCUCUCCCCACACUGGUUGUUAUGCUAAUGCAGAAACAAGCCAGGUCACUGGGGCUUUGAUCCUUGAUUUGAAGUCAUGGUAUGGAGUGCUUAAAAACCAUUUGUCUGGCAGUGGUUAAAAAGAAUGGCUGCUACUAAAAUAGCUGCUAUUUAGGAUUCACUAAAAGCUGUAGGCUGACCUUCAGUCUUUGAAAUGGGCCUGUUGUUUUAGCAGGUUUUGGGGCAUCCCCACAUGUAUUUGUGGGGUGGCCCACAGGAAGAGAGAAUACACCAAGCAGUAGAUGUGCUUGGAGAGCAGCAGUGCAGGAUGGAAUGACAGAACUCGUCUGUGGGAAGGGACACCCCCUGCACUGGUGGCUGUUGUCAUGGGUCUGCAGAGGGAUCUGGGCCGGUUCCCAGCUGUAGCUCUUGAGCUCUGUAGAGGAGAUUCUGGCAGUGAUGGACUCACUUUUUACAAGGGUCAGCCCGAGAUGCUGGAGGUGAAAGUGCAGCACAACUCAGAGUCAGAGUACUUGGCCAGGGAUGGUCCUUCAAGCAACAGCUCCUUCUACAGCAGUGAAGGAGAGGGGACAGACCAUGAGGGAGAUAUUCUGGAUUGCAGCGGGUCCAGACCUUUACUGAUGGAUUCGGAAGAGGAGGAGGAGACGUGCAAGUUGUGCCCAGGGUUCCUGCAGCCGGUGCCCAGGCAUGAGGCCUCCAAAGAAGAUCCCCAGUCCCAGGCCAGAGCAGGGGAGACGUUGUUCCCGGCCUUCCAGUCUCACACGGGGGAGGUUUUUAACGAACCCGAUGUGUUUGCCACGGCUCCUUUCCGAAGCUCCAGGAAGGUGUCCGAGGAAGUGGAUGUCUUUACCAAAGCUCCUUUUAUCUGUAAGGGCAACACAGCUCUACAGCAUCCAGAGGAAGCAGAUGUGUUUCUGAGAGCUCCUUUCACUAAGAAGAAAAGCAUGGAAGAGCUGACUUCCCACAAGGAGCUGUUCACACCACCCAUUUUCCUGAGCCAAGGAGGUGAUGGCCGAGCACAACCGAUGUUCCCGUGCCUGGAUUCGGCAGCUCCCGGCUCCGUGGCCUCGGUGAGAGCUCCACAUCCUUCUGCUGGCUUUGCUCAGCCAGGCAAUCUCCAUCCCUGCUCUGUCAGAGCCGUGGAGGCCCAGGAGAGUGUCCCUGCUAAAGCAGUGCCACCAGAGCAGGGCGACAUGGCCGGCGAGAGGAGCCACAGCCAGUCAGUGCCCCCGGACGCCGCGCUGGGCUCCGCGGCCAGCAAGCCUUUCCGUCCACAAUCCCUGUCCAAGUAUUCCCGACACUACAGUCCCAAGGAUGGGCCGGGCCUCGAGGCCAAGCCCAUAGCUGCUUACAAAGUGGUGUCUCAGACCAACAGACAGGCCAUAGCGGGGUCUGUCUCAGUUGUCCCUCUGUCUUCCAGGACUAUGGAGCUGCCUGGCAUGGAUCCCUUCGCCUCAGCGCCCUUCCCCUUCAAAGCAGCAAAGCAGAAGCCUUAACCUGCCCGGAGCUGGGGGCUGUGCUGCCUGCAGGACCACCUCGUGCAGGAACUCAAACCUCUUAGCUGAACUGAAUGAUAUAGCAAUAUAUACAUAUAUAUAUAUAAAGUAAUUAUUAUUUUUGGUCAGAACUAUUUGCAGUGAUAUAUAGUUGAACCAUUUAAGUUAUAUUCGUCCAAAUGCCUGGCUCUCAGGAUCCUCGUAUCCUUUCCAGUUGCUUCUCACCUUCCUCCUCUCACUGUCUUCCCUUCACUUAUUUCUUUUUUUAGAUGCUUUUCUCAAACCAGCAGUAUUCCAUAUUUUCUGGUCCUGGUGGAGAAAUGCACUACAAGAUGAAUUAAAAUGUUUAUUAAUUACAGAGCGAGUCAAGCGGGACUUGCUAAUGCUCUGGAAAGGACAUGAUUUCACAGGUUAAAGGCUUCCUGUGACUUUUGCUGUCAGUGAUCCUCCUGCUGCUCAGCAGCAGUGGCAGUCACGGCUCCAGGUGUGCUGGUGGGAGCCAGAGCUGUGCCAUGAUGUCUGGGCCAGCCUGGGCAGUGCUGGUGAGAGCAAAGGCAGGGCAGCAGUACAGCUUUGCUCCCCCAGGACUGGAACCCGUGGCAGUGCUGCUGCCCCAGGCUGGGGCUGGAGGCAGGGAAGGAUCACAGUGCCUUUGUGCUGUGAACCAACAAAGCAAUCAGGCUAUUACUGUUGCUGGAAGGUCGUGCAAACAAUCAGGCAGAGCUUUCACUUUUACACAUGCAUUUCCUCUUUGGUCCAUGCCAAUGUGUAGGGCCUAGAAAUCUGCUUAUGGUGAAGGAGAGACAUGUAUUUACAGUAUUAAAAGAAGACCUUAUGGGGAAAUUUCUGACGUAAACAGCUCCAUACCUGUCCUGAUGUACCUCAUGUGGUGUGACUCAGCAGAGGCCACAGCCCUGUUGGACUGGUUUAUACUGGCAGAGAGCUCGACUCAAAGUGAACUCUGCCUAUUGGUUUCCUGUUGGUUGAGGAUGAACCUAAACAAAAUUCAUUUGCUCUCCUUCUGAAGUGUUAUGUUUCCUAUCCUGUUCCCAAAGAGCAGGGCUGUGAUGACUGAGGCAUGGACUCAACCUGGCAGAGAAACAGAGACAUUUAUUACAAAAGGCAACCUCUUUUUAUACCCUUCUGGAAGACACUAUUUCCCUAGAUGGUAGCUGUCACUAAGCGACACACAUUGCCACUUCUAAAUCAGCAACUCAAAGGACUUCAUGACAAUUCUAGAGCAGAAAUACUUAGGUCUGAUGGCAAACUUCCUGACCAGCCAGGACCAGAGAGCUUGGCCAGAGUUUAGGCUUUGGCUGGGAGGGUUUCCCUAACAUAUCUUACAAAUAAACUUUUAUUAAUAAUCAAUGGUAAUGUGAACAACCUACAACCAACCAAGGGAUAGAAAUAACAUCGGAUAAUUGUCUUACAGCUCAAUCCCUUUAUAAAAACUCCAUGUAUGAGUGUUAUGAUAUAAACAACAUACUCGGAA